CUUUCUCACGACUUACCAGAAACAGACAUCUGAACUUGCACAAUUAAACUCCAGCUGAGGGAGGGUGGCAUAAGAUACUAAAACCCUCGCCUCGGUACUCAGGAUGGCGACGCAGUGGAGCAGUGAGCAUUUCGUUGCCGAAUAUCGAGACAUUCAGGCCAACGCCAUGGCUGUGGACACUGUCGGUGAAUGGGCUCUGUUAGGGGGGAGACGAGCCUUGGCCCUGGUGAACCUGUACACCCCUAAACAGGAAGUGGUGCGGAUAGCAAGGCAAGCGGCACAGGCCAAGUGGGACAUCAACUGCAUCCAGUUCAACCCCCACGCCUGCAAGGCCAACAUGUUUGUAACUGCUAGCAACCAGCGGCUGGAGGUACUGCAGCUAUCGGGUGGCAACACAGACCACAGAUGCUCCCUAAAGGCCCACACCAGGACAGUCAGUGAUGUGGACUGGUCGCCAUUUGACGUCAAUCAGCUGACAUCGUGCUCAGUGGACACAUAUACCUAUCUGUGGGACAUCAGGGAUCCAAAGAAGCCAGCUGCCACUUUUCAAAGUGUUGCUGGUGCAUCUCAAGUGAAGUGGAACAAGGUGGUGAACAACAUGUUUGCUACAACACACGAAGGGGACAUCAGGAUAUGGGACCCCAGGAAAGGCAACACACCAAUCCAGUAUAUUGCUGCUCAUCUGUCGAAAAUUCACGGCUUGGACUGGAAUCCAAACAACCAGUACAAACUGGUCACUGCCAGUCAGGACUGUUUUGUCAGAUUCUGGGACUGCACCAACCAUCGCCGGAGUGAAUUUACUCUCAACACAGGGUCGCCAGUAUGGAGGGCACGCCUCACGCCGUUCGGUAAUGGCCUGAUGACAGUGGUAGUGCCCCAGUUGCGGAGAGGGGAGAACAAGCUGUACCUGUGGAACACAAGCAACCUCACGCAGCCCAUACACACCUUUGUUGGACACAAGGACGUGGUGCUCGAGUUCCACUGGAGGAAACAGACCGAAGGUGUGCGUGAUCAGCAACUUGUCACUUGGUCACGUGACCAGAGUCUUCGGAUCUGGCGGAUCGACUCGGCUCUACAAGAGCUGUGCGGCCAUGACACCAACAACCUCCCUGACCUGGUUGGAGAUCUGUGCAAGUCAUCUCCAGCACCUCUUGAGCCUGCCAAUGAUUCUCUAUCCACGAUAGACGAGAACCCAACAGUGUCUGAGCCAAUCAUUAUCCAAUCCGUUCAAGGCAUCAUGUCCAACCAGCCACAGACUUUGCAACAAGAGUUUUCUUUGGUCAACAAGAAUAUUCCUCAUGUUACCAUUGAAGAGAUGGACGCAAUUAAUCGUGUAUGUAAAGUGACAGCACAGAUCGGCAAGAGGAGAGUAAGCCUCAACCUGAAUUUCCCCCCUGACUACCCAAACAAUGCUUCACCAUCAUUCCAGUUCCUCCACAGCACCCUUGAUGCCACCAUGCAGAAACAGCUCAUCAAGGUGCUGACAGAUACAUCCCAGAAGCAUGUAAAGCGGAACAUGAACUGCCUCGAGCCAUGCCUCCGCCAGCUGAUAACAGAGCUGGACACUCUCACUAAAACUGAGAGGAAGACACCUGACCUUGACAUUCCCUUCCCCCUGACACAGCAGCAGAACAUGAUGCAGACUACGCCCAUUUAUCCAAUGUACAGCUUCGGCAGUUUCCAAGACUCCAGCGUUCCAUUCCCAAGGACAAGUGGAGCUCGAUUCUGCUCUGUGGGUGUGUUGGUGAUAUUUGGCCGUUCCGCUGUGAUGAAGAAACAUGAUGGAACAGAGCCCACACCCAAAGCUCUGUCCGAACUAGCUGCCUUUGCGAGACCAUCACAGAAUGCAACACCGUUUGCCCCCUUCUUUCCGCGCAGUCCUCCAACACCAAGCAACGAGGGCCUGUCAAUCAGUGACUUCUAUACGUACAAGGAAAGGCGGCACCGGACACGCAGCAGGUCCCGUGUGCGUGAAGUGUCCGAGUCACGGUACAGGGACACAGAGAAGGCAGCCAAGAAACUAAAUAAGGUGGCCCCUGUCAAAGUGUACGAUGUGUCAGCACUGCUGACGGUAAACAAGCAACUAGCAGAGAAUUAUAAACUAGACCUGUCCGACAUCCCCGGGAUGUGCAGUCACAAUGCUGCUGCUGCUGCCACUGUUGGACGGAAGGAUCUUGUACAGAUCUGGAACUAUGUGUCAGUGAUGUUGCCAGCCAGUCUCAACCCAAGUCCUACUCCCACCAGCAGCAGACCCUUUGCAAUGUGUGCCUUUGGACGGCCGCUGCUCAAAACUAUGCUGGACCACUACAGCAGUAACUAUGAUGUGCAGACACUGGCCAUGUUGUGCUGCGUGUUCUGGAACAAGGAAGACGUCCACCGCGCCGCCGCUGCUGCUGCUGCCAGAUCUGCCUCCAAGACCUCCCUGGAGUACACACCUGCAAAUUACAACCCCUAUCAUACCGUCUCCUCAGUCACAAACCUUCUCAAGGGAUUCAAAGCUAAGAGCCACGCCCAGUCCCAGGCCCCCAUGGGCCACCCAGGCCCCCAGCACCCCACUGCACAUGGGGGCGGUCCUCUCUCGGAGGUAGCCUCACAUCCAAACCUCUCCGCACUUUUCAAACAAGCUGUACUGAAGAACAAGCGGUCCAACAGCUGGUCUGACAGCUGCGACGACUACCGCAUCCUGGAUGAGCCAGACCCUGCUGAGAAGGCAGCACAGUGGGAGCAGGAACAACAUGAGAACAACUGCAAAAUGCUGGACCCCACCAUGUGGUCCCAGUACGACCUGUACAAGAAGGCGUACUCCAACCUGCUAUACAGCUGGGGCCUACACAACCAGGCUGCCCACAUACUCAAGUUCAUCUCCACAUCACCACCACCUCACAAGGGAGUCGAGUUUUCUGUCCGAUGCACGGUCUGCCACCGAGAAGCCCGAGGCCCACAGUGUACAUCCUGCAAACAUCUAGUGUUAGAGUGUGCUAUUUGUCACACAGGUGUGCGAGGAGCUGCCAACUUCUGCAUUUCCUGCAGUCAUGGAGGUCACACGGAGCAUAUGGCAGAGUGGUUCCGCACAGAGUUGGUGUGUCCCACAGGCUGUGGCUGUGAAUGUCUCAAGGCUCCACCCAUGCUGACAGCAUGACGGAUGUUACAUCAGCAUAUAGCUGAGUGGGUUCAGACUGGGAGACUGUCUCCAUGUGCCAACCAUACUGAGUGACUGUUUUGGGCUGUGCAACAGAUUCAAGAGAGGCAAUGUGUCUGCCCUGGUGAAAGUAUGAGUGUAUGUCAGUGUGCCAGCCAUACUGCUGCAGAUUAAAGAGAGGAGCAGUGUGUGUGACCUGUGAAAAUGUGACUGUUUCAGUUUGUCCUGUUGAUGGUGAAAUGGGAGAGAGUGUUAAGGUGUGACUGUUUCAGUGUUACCCGGUGUCCGUGUAUUGACUGGUUUCAGAGCUCUGUAUGUCCUGAAGUCACUAUCCCAAUGGGAUUUGUGGUUGCCAGAUCCUAAUUUAUUCUGUGAUUGUGAGUUAACAACUACUGUAUCAGUAUUCAAGCCAUGAUUUGAAUUUAAAUCAUUUUGUACAAAUGUAAAUAAAAUUAUUUCACAUUUA